AUGGCCGCUGCUCACGAGAACUCUGACACUGCGGUGGAAGAAAAGCAAGUCGUUCUCAGUUAUGACGUCGCGUCUGAAGUCGACGCUCGUCCAGAAGGCAUCGGAAGGGACUAUCAGCUCAAGUGUAAUCUCAUCAAUAGAUGUUUUCAAGAAGAGAUUGGCUUUGGUCGUUAUCAAUGGCAGCUCUUUGUUAUUACUGGUCUAGGAUGGCUCGCAGACAAUCUCUGGCUGCAAGGUUUGGCAAUCGUUCUUCCACAGGUACAACAGGAGCUUGAUCCGGUUCGGGUCGAGUACGCCAUCCUGGCAGAAUUCGCUGGAUUGAUUGUUGGCGCCACAACAUGGGGCGUUAUGGCCGACCUUAUCGGAAGAAGGUUAUCUUUCAAUAUUACACUCUUUCUCGCUGGCCUCUUUGGAUUGGCAGCAGGAGGUGCACCAAAUUUUGUGACAUUUUGUUCCCUUAUAGCAUGCAUGGGCUUUGGCAUCGGUGGCAAUUUGCCCGUUGACGGCGCCCUGUAUCUGGAACAUAUUCCACAGUCUCAUCAGUGGACUUUGACUCUUCUGUCAGUCUGGUGGGCGUUAGGGCAAUUAGUAGCAUCUUUAAUCAGUUGGGGUUUCAUUGCCAACUUCUCCUGUAACCCAUUGAUACCAAGUGGCCAGUGCGCCAAAUCUGCUAACAUGGGAUGGCGAUACGCAUUGUAUACCCUCGGUGCUUUGACGUUCUUGAUGUUCAUAUGUCGCUUCUUUGUUUUUGACGUGCAGGAGUCGUCAAAAUAUCUCGUGGCGCAAGGUCGUGAUGAAGAAGCCAUCAAGGUCCUGGAACAUAUUGCAAGGCGUAAUGGUAGAACUAUUACGCUCAAACUUGAAGAUCUGCAGGCAAUAUCUGGUGACACAACAUCCAAGCCGGUACCAAAUUUGUCCACUAUCGUCUGGAAUGCCUUUUCUGGAAUUUCGCACAUCCGUCCGCUCUUUUCCAGCAGGCGCUUGGUAAUUAACACGACCCUUAUCAUCGUUAUUUGGGGUUUAAUCGGCAUUGCAUACCCACUCUUCAAUGCCUACCUCCCCCUUUAUCUUUCCGCACAAGAUUCAGCAUCCGGUUCAUCAAGCGUAAGCGAGACAUACCGCAACUACUCGAUCGUAUCCGUCCUUGGCGUCCCCGGAUCUCUCAUUGCUUGUGCGACGGUUGAUUAUACUCGUGGCACUGGUCGGUGGUUCGUAGGGGGAAGGAAACUUGUGUUAGCUGUGUCGACCAUGCUGACUGGACUCUUCCUCUUCUUGUUCACAACGAGCACGACGACAGCUGCAGUGCUCGGGUAUUCUUGUGCUUCUGGUCUUACUCAGAAUGCGAUGUAUGGAGUCUUGUAUGCAUAUACCCCAGAAGUCUUCCCGGCACCUCACCGUGGUACGGGUGACGCACUCUGUUCUGCAUUGAAUCGCAUCGGCGGACUUAUCGCCCCUCUCAUCAAAAUUGCCACGACACCGCUCAGUGGCACUGCAUCAGCAAACACGGCGAAUGGUCCUGUCUUUGUGUCUGCUGCGUUAUUUAUGGUUGCAGCCAUCUUGACGAUAUUGCUCCCUAUCGAAACUGCGGGCAGGAUGGCUUUGUAA